CUGGCAAAGCAUCAACCUCGGCGAGAGAUGGAGCACCAUCAGGCAAGCGGACGUGAGACUUCGACAUAGAAAUCGUUGCACAAGUUUGACCGCCUCUAGUGAAGGAUCAAUGCGAUGUGAGAUCUUGUAUUAGGAUGGAAGUGCCGCAGCAAACUUAGUCUCUUUUCACGACCAGUUUCGAAAGGAGGAAUGUGAAGCAUCACAAAGAGAUGCUGCAACACAGACGUACAGACUAAUUGAGCAGAUCCUGGGGGCACCUCAUAUAAUCCUCGUCAUAAAUGCCUGCUGCCCACUUCAUUCUCCUCCAGGUGCUCACCAGAACAAAGCUUUGACCUCUGGAGGAAUGCACAUUCAAGUCUACUAAGCUCGUUGCAGGAGCUGCAGCUACCAAUACGUUGCAGAAGUUCAUUGAGAGAAAAUACUCGCAUGUAGAUUUUCGCAGUGGAUCUGUAAUACGAAGUGGUGCUUGUAAACAAUCGAGUGUUUGCGACGAACUUCUGAUAUACCCGUAGCUCUUGAGAGUGCGAAGCCUGCUGAUGCAUCACGACUUUCUGCAUGGGCUCAUGUAGCAACAAUUGCGAGCGCAAUUGCGCUGACAAGGGUGAAGAGCUUGAGGCUGGCGUCUGUCCCGUGGACGGUGUCCCUGACCACAACCGUCAUGGGUCGUUCUUGAAGAAGGCGAUAUGGCAUGGGGGAUCGAUCUAUGACGCCUGGCUUAAUGUUGUCUCCGCUCAGGUAGGGCAAGUUAUUCUGUCGUUGCCCACAUCCUACACUCAAAUGGGCUACAAGCUUGGGCUGUUCUUUCAUUUCUUCCACGUUGCGAUUGGAAUGUACACAUGUUACGUGCUAUCGCGCUUGUACGUGGAGUACCGAGAUUGGAAGGAGGAGGGUGAGGAUUUCAAGAAGCAUGUCAUUCAGGUCACAAACCUGCAGUCUUCCAUCAGCUCCGUAAUUCUUGAUUUCCUAGCCAGAGAUCUUCUCAUGAAAUGGGUCCGUUGUGCCCAUCUGUGUGAGCACCCUAAGAUUGUCAGCAUGAUCUCCUCGUGUCGAUUGAUAAAGUACGAUGUGAUGUUGAAGUGAAUCUCCAAGAAUACGGAGACAUGACGAAUUGUUAAAGAGAAAAUGCAGCUUGGGAGGUCCUUCUAGUGUUCCAAUAAGAGUGUCCAUUGAACAACACUUAGUGUUCGCAAGCGAAUCAAGCCUAUGUUGAACUUCUUUUGUCGUGAUGGUUGUUUGCGGUAAUGAAUCGAUUUUCAUUGGUCUUGCUGAA